AAUAGCGGAAGCAGUUGUCUCCUAGCAGCAGAAGCUAGGCGAACGAAUCCAGUGUAAAAUUUAACUUUAGUCAUUUUUACGAUAAUAUUUAAACGUAUUCUUAAAGCCGAUGUGAUUUUACAUCAGUUGUGGAGUUAUUUUAUUUUUUAAUAGUUUUAUCUGAAUUUCCUACCGGUAGUUUUAGCUUAGCUUGUUAGCUGGAAGCAGAUAGGAAAACCGAGUUAGAGACAGUUUGAUGGAGAACAGACUGAUUCUUAUGAUUAUGGAGAGAAACUUUUCUGUUGUCCUUUUCAAAAUAAUUUAAGAAGACAACUAAGAGAUGGAGGAAGCAGUCUAUGACGUCCAGAAUCUGAUGGUGAUCAAAGAGGAGAAGAACUGGAGUCCGAGACUAGACCAGGAGGACCAGAAGCCUCCACAGAUUAAAGAGGAGCAGGAGGAGAAUGAGAUCACUGAGUUUAUAUUCAAUCCUGUGAAAAGUGAAGAUGAGGAAGAGAAACCUCAACUUCCAGAGUUUCAUCGCAGUCAAACUGAGGAAAGCGAAGACUUUGUUUUACCAGAACCAGAUCAACAUUUAGAAUCAGAUGUUGAAGAUAAAACUUUUGACUCUUCUUCAGAGUCCUCAGAUACGGACGUCAGUGAUGGAAACUGGGAGGAGAGCAGUGAAGCUCAGUCAGGUUUGGGGUCUGGAACCAAUAACACAGAUUCAGUUUGUGAGAAAGGUAAAAAGUUGCAUCGCUGCUCUGAGUGCAGUAAAACGUUCAGCCGCAGACGAUAUUUGUUAGAACACAACAGAAUCCACACUGGAGAAAAACCCUACAGCUGCUCUAUCUGUGACAAAACCUUUACAUGGAAACAAUCUUUGACUCUACACAUGAGGACGCACAGUGAAGAAAAACCUUUCAGCUGCUUCGUCUGUACCAAAGCUUUUACUUCCAAAGCUAAUUUAAAAGAACAUACAAAAGUCCACACUCAGCAUAGACCUUGCAGAUGUCCUGUCUGUAACGCAGCUUUUAAAAGGAAGAACAAUUUAAUCGAACAUAUAAGAAUCCACACUGGAGAGAAGCCUUACAGCUGUCCUGUCUGUAGCAAAGCGUUUACUUCUAAGGGAAAUUUACAAAAGCACACAAAAAUACACGCAGAAGAAAGACCUUACAUAUGUUCCGUGUGUAAUGCAGGUUUUAAGAGUAAAAACACUUUAGUAGAACAUACAAGAACGCACACUGGGGAGAAGCCUUUCAGCUGCUCGGUCUGCGGCCGAAGCUUCAGCUGUAGGUCACAUCUAACUUUUCACAUUAGAGGUCAUACAGAAGAAAAACCUUACAGCUGCUCGGUCUGUAAGGCAGCUUUCAAAAGGAAACGCACUUUGGUGGAACACACAAGAACCCACACUGGAGAGAAACCUUACACCUGCUCAGUGUGUGGUAAGAGCUUCGCUCACUGUUUAAGUCUAACAUGUCACAUGAGACGUCACACGGGAGAAAAACCGUACAGCUGCUCCGUCUGUAAGGCAUCAUACAUGUGGAAAAGUGCUUUUGUGAAACACACAAAAACCCAUGCAGGGGAGCAACCUUUCAGCUCCACAGACUGUGGAUGAAGUGGAGUGAAGCAGUGGGACAGACAAACAUCUCUAACAGAUGUUUUAAACUGAUUCAGUGGACUGGAGGGAAGUGAUUCAAAGUUAAUCUCUCAUGAAUCCACCUGAUUCUUUGUUGCUUCUGGAAAAUUAUGUACUGAAAAGAAUGAAGACUCGUGAUGCAGUGAAUCAUUGACAACUGAGCUUUUUUUAAAAUUGUAUUUGUUUAUUUAUGUGUAAAAGUUAUGAGAAGUGGGGCAAAGUUGUGAAGUAUGCAUUAACAAAACAAAAAUAUUUUAUUAAAAGAAAUUAACACAACAAUCUUGUUUCAUGUUACUUUGUCAAGUGAAAGGAAAAGAGGGGGAAAAGCUGCUCUGGAGCAAGAAAAGCUCUCAAAGAAAAGCUGUACUCACUGAAGUACAUUUUAAAUUUAAUCUAUUAAAAGAAAAAUUCAUUAUUUUUUUUACAAGUUC